AUGUCACUUCCGGCCAGUCUCCUCCCGACGGAGGCCUCACCGGAGUGGCUAAACAAAGGCGACGCAUCAUGGCAACUCAUAGCAGCAACUCUCGUUGGCCUGCAAAGCGUGCCCGGUCUGGUCAUCCUCUACGGCUCCAUCGUCAAGAAGAAAUGGGCAGUGAACUCCUCAUUCAUGGCCCUCUACGCCUUCGCCGCCGCUCUCGUCGUCUGGGUCGGAUGGGCUUUCAACAUGUCCUUCGGUGAAGAGAUGUUCCCAUUUCUGGGCCGGCCUGCAACUGCUCUCGACCAGAAAUCACUGCUGGGACAAGGCUUUGCCGGAUUUUACAGUAGUGCAACUCUGGUUUAUUUCCAGUUUGUGUUUGCUGCCAUUACUGUUGUUCUCAUUGCUGGUGCUUUGAUUGGAAGGAUGGAUUUUAGGGCUUGGAUAAUCUUUGUGCCUUUGUGGCUCACCUUCUCUUACACUAUUGGUGCUUUCAGUAUUUGGUCUCCAAAUGGCUUCUUGUUCAAAGCUGGUAUCAUGGAUUUUGCUGGUGGUUUUGUCAUUCAUCUCUCUUCUGGUAUUUCUGGAUUCACCGCUGCAUAUUGGGUUGGACCAAGAUUGGCGAAGGAUAGAGAGAGAUUUCCUCCAAACAACAUUUUGCUAACAUUGGCUGGUGCUGGACUGCUAUGGAUGGGCUGGAGUGGGUUUAAUGGUGGUGCACCUUAUGCGGCCAACAUCGAUGCCUCUCUCGCUGUCCUCAACACACAUGUUUGCACUGCCACCAGCCUCUUAGUUUGGCUUUCCCUUGACAUGUUCGUUUUCAAGAAACCAUCAGUUGUUGGUGCUGUUCAGGGCAUGAUCACUGGUCUUGUCUGCAUUACACCUGCCGCAGGAUUAGUGCAAGGAUGGGCUGCAAUUAUAAUGGGGCUGUUAUCAGGAAGCAUUCCAUGGUUCACAAUGAUGGUGUUACACAAGAAAAUCAAGUUCUUGAAGCACAUUGAUGACACACUUGCAGUAUUCCACACACAUGCAGUGGCUGGAAUGCUUGGAGGAAUCCUCACUGGAAUUUUUGGUGAACCAAGACUAAACAGGCUCUUCUUUGGUGAUGAUACUCGAUAUAUCGGUCUGGCUUAUGCAAUGAAGGACGGCCGGUUGACGGCAGGUUUCAGACAGAUAGGCAUUCAAUUUGCUGGCAUUUUAUUUAUCUUAAUCUUGAAUGUUGUGGUAACUAGUGUUAUAUGUGUGUUGGUGAGGCUUGUGGUGCCAUUGAGGUUGAGUGAGGAGGAGAUGCUUGUUGGAGAUGAUGCUAUACAUGGUGAGGAUGCUUAUGCUGUUUGGGGAGAUGGUGAGACAUUUGAGAAUUCAGUGCAUAGUGCUGAGCAGUAUUCUCAUGCUCUCAGGGGAGUUGAGAUGAUUUGA